AUGGUUAUGUCGGGUAUCAAGGAUAUGCGAGCAUGCUACGAUGGUUCCAAGCCAUGUAUCCAUGCACGCCGUAUCCAAAACAGCAUGGUAUAUGCUAUUAUCGGCGAACCGAUGAACCAGAGAAACGGCGUUGAUUUCAAUGAAGAUGAUCGUUUCUUUGGAUCAGAUAUCGAGGGAUAG